CUCCGACAGAGAGAACCUAACUGGAAACAGAGAGAACAGUAAUUAUUUAUGAGAUGAAUAUUUCUUCAUUAAAUCACGAUUUGGAGUUGACCAACAAGAAACAUGAAGAGAAAUGCUUGUAGCUAGAAACACAAACAGAUGAGACUAGAAUCGAGUUAGGGAAGAAGAUAAUGGAACUCGAGUGUCUACGUGAUUCAAGGAUGAAGGUGGGAGAACUUGAAGCCUUUUCAGAAUCAAAGUUUCUGACAUGGCAAAGGAAAGAACACGGAUAUAAAGUCUUCACAGAAUCUCGAGGAAAUGACGGAACAGAGUAGAAUUUGAGCAGGUGUUUCCGAAUCGCGUUGAUGUAUUUUUUUUGACGAAAAAGAGUAAAACGGAGUUCAGUACUCCGAAUUUGAAGUGGUCGACACAACUUUAAAGCAGAAGAUAGGAUUUCCGAACGUUUUCAUUGGUCCGUCGGAUUCUACCGUGAUAAUAUUUUCAGCAUAAAUACUGCUCCUCCUCCACACUUUCACACCCACCAACAUCUCCUAUCCUCCUCCCACACUUUCGCACCAACAAAACAAACAAGGCUUCUUGUUCAAAGGUAUGGAGGCUCUCUUUGCCAUGAAAAAGAAGAAGGAGAGGGCUCAGGCCCAGAAGAAGGAGAAAAAGGAGCCCUCGGGCCAAAAGCCCAUUGAUGAGGUCUUCCCGAAGGAGGUUGUGGAGCCUUCUGUUGAUGCUGCUCUUGCUACUGUGGUCGGGGGGCCAAAGGCCGAGGUGGCCACCAAGAAGAAGAAGGGAGACAAGGGGGUGGAGCCCCCGAUCAAGAAACAGAAGGUUGCCGGGGGCAUCGUUGGAAUGGCGGCCCCCCUCAUAGUAAUUGAUGAUCAGCCCUCCGCUGACUCCCCGACCAUUGACACCCCGAUGGCUCAAACAGAUCUUCCCCCGGAGAACUUGCCUCGAGAGAUUAUUCAGCUCUCCCUCGCCCCGGGGGCAUCUGUGUUGCAUGGUUCAGCUGAACCGAUGUCUUUCCUGAGGGGGAUCACCUCGAUGAUGGAUAAGCAGGCCCUCCCCACCUACGACGACGACGCCCUCGAAAGCAAGGCCCUUCGAUCAUCUCUGGCUGCGUGUAUAACCCUCGGUGAGCAGGCCCGAAGGCGCGAGGAGUGGCGCCGUCAUAAGGCCGAGCUAGAGAAGUCCGUGAAGGAGCUGAUCCAUGACAAGGACGCUUCCCUCCGGGAGGUGUGCAAGCUGGAGGACGCCCUUCGGCAAGCGGAGCUGAAGCUGAAGGAGGCCAGAGAUGACGGCAAGGCCGAGGGCAAGGCAGAGGCCGAGAGGGUUGCGGCCGAGGAGAGGAAGCAAGCGGCUGAGGACGCCGAAAAGGCCAAGGCCGAAGCUGUUGUCAAAGCCCGAGAAGAGGCCAUCGCUGGGUUCAUCUCGGAGGGUUGGAAGGCCGAGGGCCAGAGGGAGUGGGUGGCCUCUGUGGUGAAGGCCUCGAUCGAGGAGUGGGUGAAAGGCCCCGGGCUCGACUGGAUGAACGAGAGGGGCGACACCUAUUAUCAAGCCGGCGAGUUCUUCACCCAGCAUCUGGUUUACCGGAGGCUCGCUCGGCAUUUCGGCACCCCUAUGGCGGAGUUUGACCCCUCGGUGUACGGCCUCCCCCCGUUGCAGCCAGAUGUGAGAGUCCCCCUCCCCGAGGGCGGCGAGCGCCCGGUGAUUCAUGAUUCUAUGAUGAUGAGCGGCGAUGAUGAUGGUGCUACCGUCGGGGACAGUGCGGUCGAAGAAGAAAUCUCCUCCAAACCUGCCGCAGGGGCCGUUGAUGAAGUGGCUGAUAAAUCUUAACUUGUACUUAGCUGAUUUUUGAAAACUCUUUGUAAUGAACUUUUGUCACCCCUCGGUUUUGGCCCGUAUGUAAUAGUUACACUGACUUUUCUUUUGAUGAUUGAUGGAUG